CUCGUCCCCCUCAAAAAAAAAAAAACAAAACAUAUCUCGCGCUCGCCGCCACCACCGUCUCCGGCGACGACCACGCCGCCGGCCAUGCCGUCCUCCUACGCUGCCGCCGCGGCCGGAUCCUCUUCCCGCAAGACAAACCGCGUCCCCACCGCCGCCGCGGCCGGAUCAUCUUCCCGCAAACCGAACCUCACCUCCACCGCCGCCGCAGCCACUGCUCGCCCACGCCCACCAGCACCCUCGCCGUCGCCGGCACCCGCGCCACCGGCGGCGAACCCUACCGCGGUCUCUGACUCCGAUCCCUCCUCCUACUCGUCCUCCUCGGGGGAUGAGGCUGAUCUCACGGCCUCCGACUCGGCGACCGCCUCCGUCGUCUCCGCCUACCUCUCGGUCGCCGGCGAGGGGGCCGACCUCUCGAAGGUCGGCAUUUUCCUCUCCUCCGCCGCGCGCCGCCGAUCGCCGCCGUGCCUGAUCUGCUUCGACCCCAUCCGCCCCUCCGAUCCAGUCUGGUCAUGCUCCUCCUCCUGCUUUGCCAUCCUCCACCUCCCCUGCAUCCAGUCAUGGGCCCACCAGUCAGCCUCCGGCGCUGCCGUGCCGUGCCCAACCUGGGGCUGCCCCAAGUGCCGCUUCGCCUACCCCAAGUCCCAGACCCCCACCUCCUACCUCUGCUUCUGCUCCAAGACUGCAGACCCGGCUCCGGACCCCUGGAUCCUCCCCCACUCCUGCGGCGAUGUUUGCGGUCGCCGCCUCAAUGCAAAUCUCGACUCCGGCUGUGAACACACCUGCCUACUGCUGUGCCACCCAGGGCCGUGUCCACCAUGCCCGGCUGUUGUGCCAAAUGCGCCGUGCUUUUGUGGGGCACACUGGGAGCCUCGACGCUGCGCACAUCAGCGUUACUCUUGUGCAGGGAAAUGUAACAAACGUCUUAGCUGUGGACUCCACCGGUGUCCGGUGAAUUGCCAUGAUGGGCCCUGCCCGCCGUGUGCAGUGCGGGGGAAACACAAAUGUGAGUGUGGAGAGACAAUGGAGGAGAAAUUGUGCUCUGAAAGGGUUUUCCAGUGCAAGAGGGAGUGUGGUGGGAUGUUAGAUUGCAGGAAGCAUAAGUGUGAGAGGGGGUGCCAUGGGGGUAAGUGUGGGGAAUGCCCACUCCGAGGUCGGCGCACUUGCCCGUGUGGGAAGAAAGAUUAUCCGAAGUUGGAGUGUGAUGCAGAGGCUGCCACAUGUGGGUCUACUUGCGAGAAGGUGCUUGGUUGCGGACGACACAGGUGCCCUGAGCGCUGCCAUCGUGGUCCUUGUGAUGAGACUUGUCGGCUUGUGAUCACAAAGUCCUGCCGUUGUGGGGGUCUGAAGAAGGAGGUGCCAUGCUACCAAGAAUUGACAUGUGAAAGGAAAUGCCAACGUUUGCGAAACUGUGGCCGCCAUGCUUGUAAACGACGUUGCUGUGCUGGCGAUUGCCCACCCUGCUCUGAGACUUGUGAUAGGAAGCUCAGAUGUGGGAACCAUAAAUGCCUUUCACCAUGCCACAGAGGUGCUUGUUCACCUUGUCCUCUGAUGAAGACCAUUUCAUGCGCCUGUGGGAAAACAUGCUUUGAGGUUCCUUGUGGGACUGAAAAGAAUCAGAAACCACAGAAAUGCUCAAAGAAAUGCAACAUACCUCGCCUUUGCAGGCACAAGCUUGAAUGUCGGCCCCACAAAUGCCACUAUGGAGCCUGCCCACCUUGCAAGCUGACCUGUGGUGAAGAACUUUCCUGUGGCCACAUAUGUAAAGAAAGGUGUCAUGGCCCUAUUUCUCCUCCAAACCCCGAGUUCACACUAAAACCAACAAAAAAGAAAAUGGAAAAGCACAUAGAAUGUACACCUGGAACACUGUGCCCACCAUGCAAAGAGGUGGUUGUAGUGCCAUGCUUUGGGCAACAUCUUGGCCAAGAACGCGCUAUGCCUUGUUCCAAAUGGAGGCCGUUUCCCUGUCAAAAUUUAUGUGGGAAUCCUCUUCUUUGUGGCAACCAUUAUUGUACGAAAUCUUGCCAUGUGUUAGAGGUCCCAUUGAAUCAACCUGAAGGAGAUCCUCUACCAUCUGUCAGUAAAGAGAGCACACUUGCUGAGCCUUGUGAACAAUGCAACCUUCCUUGUCAAAGGGUUAGGGAGCCUUCUUGUUCACAUCGUUGCCCUUUGCGAUGCCAUCCGAGCGAUUGUCCACCUUGCAAAGUCCUUGUUAAAAAACCAUGCCAUUGUGGUGCUAUGGUACAUGCUUUCGAGUGUGUGUAUUUUAACAACUUAAAAGCUAAAGAACAGGUUAAAGUGAGGUCGUGUGGCGGCCCAUGUCAUAGGAAACUACCAAAUUGUUCCCAUCUGUGCUCAGAAGUAUGUCACCCUGGUACAUGCCCAUCGGUUGAUCAGUGCAUGAAAAAGGUCAAUGUCCGUUGUGCAUGCAACACGCUGAAGCAAGAGUGGAUAUGCCAAGAUGUCCUUAAGGAAUACCGCAAUUCUGGUCGUGAUCCAAAAGAAGUGCCCAAAAGUCAGUUUGGAGCUGGCUUACUUGCCUGUGGUGAAGACUGCAAGAAGAAGGUGAAGGUGCAAGAUUCCGAGUUGCAUCUCCGGAAAACCCAGGAGAACAAGAUUCCCGCUAUGGAAGUUGCAAAUGUGCCCAAACGCAGGAAGCGGCGUGAUCGUGGACAAGAGGUUGAAGUAUCAAAAUUCCAGGAAGUCAAGACCUACGUGCUGAGAGUGCUGCUGAUUAUUUUUCUAUCGAUGAUUAUCGCUGCUGGAUUGUACCUAUUGUGGAAGGGUAUAUUCCGGCUUUCUGACUGGAUGAAUGAAAUGGAAGAGCAGAGGACCAGUCGAAGGCAUCCGAGGGGUGCAAUGUUGUAGAAAAAAGAUCAUAGUUAUUUUUCACCAAGUAAUCAUUAUCGAGAUGUGGAUCAAUAAAUGGCAGUUCAGUUCUGAUGGAUUGAACUUGGAGGGUAGUGAAAGAUGUCACCGAUUUGUUUCUCACUUGUGUCAUUAUAAAUUGAUUGGCAACUGUUUACAUCGUGUAUUGUUAUUUUUUUUUGCGAGCAUGUAUUUGUUGUAAAUGAACAAAUGAUACAAUCAAUAUAUACUUUAUCACUUCUAUGAUCC